AUGGGAGUUCCAUCAUUCUUUAGGUGGUUAAGUCAAAAAUUUCCAAAAAUUAUUGAUAGUUGUCAAGGGUCAUUCCACGAACAAUACAAUGACCUAAAUGAACCUAACUUUAAUGGGGUUGAAUAUGAUAAUUUUUAUAUUGAUAUGAAUGGAUUAAUUCAUCCUUGUUUCCAUCCACAAGAUAGACAAUCACCAGAAACAAUAGAAGAUAUGAUGGUAAUGUUAGGUAGAUAUUUGGAUUACCUUAUUGACAUUGUUAGACCUAGAAAGUUAUUGUAUCUUGCAGUUGAUGGAGUUGCACCAAGAGCAAAAAUGAACCAACAAAGAAGUCGUAGAUUUAAGUCAGCCAAAGAAGUUGAUGAUAAUGAACGUAAACAAGCAGAAGAGAAUCGGAAUAGAGUAAUGAAUGGAUUACCUGAAAUUCCUUAUGUACGACCAUUAGACUCGAAUUGUAUUACUCCUGGAACAGAGUUUAUGUCAGCAGUUUCUAAAGCAUUAAAGAAAUAUAUAAAAGAAAGAAUGAGUCAAUCUAGUUAUUGGAAUAAACUUGUUGUUAUUUUAAGUGAUUCUGGAGUACCAGGAGAAGGAGAACAUAAAAUUAUGGAUUUUAUUAGAAGACAAAAAGAAUCACCAGAUUAUAAUCCAAAUAUUCAUCAUUGUAUGUAUGGAUUAGAUGCAGAUCUUAUUAUGUUAUCUCUUGCCACUCAUGAACGAUUUUUCAGUAUUAUUCGAGAAAAAGUAUUUUUUGAACAAGAACAAUGUUACAUUUGUAAUGGAAUUCAUUCUCCAGAUAAAUGUCCACAUAGAAAAGAAGUUGGUGCAUUAGACACUAUUAUAAAACCAUUCCAAUUUCUUCAUUGUCAUAUUCUUCGAGGAUAUCUUCAAAUUACAUUAAAAGUAGAGGGAUUUGAAUUUGAAAGAUGUGUUGAUGAUUUUAUUUUCUUUUGUUUCUUAGUUGGAAAUGAUUUCUUACCACAUAUUCCAUCAUUAGAUAUUAGAGAUGGAGCAGUUGAUCUUUUAAUGAAAGUUUAUAGAGAAUUUUUACCACAUGGAGGAUAUAUCACUGAAAGUGGUAGUCUUAAUGUUACUAAUGCUAAGAACUUUUUACGAGAAGUUGGUAAGGAAGAACCAGCAAUCCUCGAAACAAGAAAUAAAAAAGAAAAGAACUAUGCAAAACGAAGAUUAGAUAAUCAGAUAAGGGAUCUUGAACUUAAGAAAGCAAAUAUUUAUGAAAAUAGUACUUUAAAAAGUACUGAAAGUAUUAAUUCACUUACUCCAGAACAACAAGAACAACUCAAAAUCCAAGAGGCUGAAAUAAAAUCAAUCGAAAAUGAAGAAAGAAAACUUAGAGAAGAAUUUGAAAAAAAAGAAUUAUCUGAUGAACUUAAGUUAGGAGAACCAGGAUAUAUUCAAAGAUAUUAUAAUGUAAAAUUUAAGAUAAAUCCAAAGAAAGAUACUCAAAAAGUUCGAGAUAUUGUUCAUAGUUAUUUUGAAGGAAUGAAUUGGGUUCUUGGGUAUUACUAUAAAGGAUGUCAAUCAUGGGAUUGGUAUUAUCCAUAUCUUUAUGCUCCUUUUGCUGAAGAUAUGGGAGAAUAUGUUGAUUAUAAUUUUACAAUAAAAUAUAAAGAAAGCAUUCCAUUUAGACCAUUUGAACAAUUAAUGUCUGUGUUACCACCUAAAUCUAAAAGUUGUUUACCAUAUCAGUUCCAUGAUUUAAUGAAGUCUAAAGGAUCACCAAUAAGUGAAUUUUAUCCAGAUACAUUUGAACUUGAUUUUAAUGGAGAAAAAGUUGAUUAUAAAGCUAUUGCUGUAUUAAAUUUCAUUGAUCAAGAAAAGUUAUUGCAUUAUGUGGAACCGAUAGAAAUGGAAUUAACAGGUGAGUUAAGACAACGGAAUAGAAGAUAUGGUGAUUCUUAUAUAUUUAUUGGUAAAGAUAAUGUAAAAUAUUUUACAACUAUACAGACCUUUAAAACUACUUGUUCAAGUAUUUGGGGAUUGAUUAAACCUACAAUUGAUAAAUUAAAUGGGGAAGAUAAAAAGGUCCCAUUAUCAGAUUAUAAAGAAUUAUUAACACCUAUUGUAAAUUCUCAACAAGGAUUAUCUGGUUUUAUUAUUCCAGUAGAUGACAUGGAACUUAGUGAGGACCAAAACCAAUGUUUUAUUGCUGGAUUUAUUAAUCCUCAAUUUGAAGAAGGUCAUGUGUUUAAAACACGGUAUUUAGAUGGAGAACCUAUUACUCUUCCUGAAAUUAGUGUUCGUGGAUUUUCAAAUACAAAACAAAGUAGUACUUAUCAAUCUAAAAGGAGAUCUAAUGGUGGUGAUAGUUAUAUCGAUGAACGUAAAAGAGAGUUUAAAGACGAUUAUCAACAAAAAAGAAAGACCGAACAACAUCCUACAGAGUAUCAUAACCAACAACCAGAAACAUAUUUUACCCCAUUCAUGGUUAGUCAACAAAACUAUCAACAACCAAAUUAUAAUUAUCCUCAACCCCCACAACAAAAUUAUAGUUAUUAUCAACCUCAACAAUUUUAUCACCCAAAUGGACCUUAUUAUAAUCAGCAAAAUCAUAUAACACCAGCCUACACCCCUUAUUCAAACCCAGGACAACCUCAACAACAACCAAAAAAACCAAGUUCUGGUGGCUAUGGUGGUUUUUUCAACUAUUGUUAA